AUGCAGCGGGUUGGGACAGGCCUCUCCAACGAGAAGCAGGUGGCGGCGUUCCGGCGUCCCAGCGUGGCCCUCGUUGAAGAGAACCAGGUGGCCAGGCUGCCAGUGCGGCUGCUCAGAGACGAUCCGGCGGCUGCGCAGGAUGACCAUGCUGAGGGCAGUUUCCAAUUGAAGGUGGAUGCCCACGGCUUCAACCCCGAGGAGCUGGAGGUGCGGAUCGAUGGCGGGCGCCUGAUGGUGACCGGCCAGCAGCACCUGGAGAGCUGCAGCCCAGACGGGGGCGGCUUCUGCAUGGCGCGGAAAAUGCACCAGGAAAUGCAACUACCGGCCGACCUAGAUCCGGCUACCAUGACCUGCUGCCUGACCCCCUCCGGCCAGCUGUGUGUCCGAAACCAGUGCCGGACGCUGCCUCCCCCGGAAAGAGGGCUGUCUCCAAGACUCAGGGGCCGCAGCUCCAAGGGUUCCAACCUAGCCUGAGCCAGUAAACAACCUCGGUGUGCAGCAGCCUUGUUGUCCGUGGUCUUUUCUGGGGGUU